UGAAUUUUCUUCACAUUAUAUUGCAGCUAUUAUAAAUUAGUCCCCAAAUUAAACAAACUCUCAUCACCAACCUGUUUCUCUGUAUCAUUUUACUACCAAAUAAUGGACUCACUACUCUUAGUCUUAAUAUGUACAGCUGCAAUAAUAGCCUUCAUCUCUAAAACAAUCUCGAAACUACGUCAACCACGACGAAAUACACCACCAGGUCCAAAACCAUGGCCUAUUAUCGGCAACUUGAACCUGAUUGGUCCAAUCCCACAUCAAUCCUUUCAUUUUCUAUCCCGAAAAUACGGCGAAAUAAUGCAGCUCAAAUUCGGGAAGUAUCCAGUAGUGGUUGCAUCUUCUCCGGAGAUGGCCAAACAGUUCUUGAGGGUACACGACACAGUCUUCGCCACCAGGCCUCCUCUUGCCGCCGGCAAAUACACCGCCUACAAUUACUCCGACAUGACGUGGGCCCCGUACGGCCCGCAGUGGAGACUAGCCCGUAAAAUUUACCUCUCCGAGGUUUUCAGUGCGAAAAAAAUCGAAUCUUUUGAGCAUGUUCGUAUAGAGGAGACUCGUAAUUUGGUGUCUCGUUUGAGAUCCGUGUCUGGGGAUCCAGUUGUGCUGAGAGACCAUUUAAUGCACUACACUGUUUCUGCCACGUGUAGGAUGAUAUUGGGCAAGAAAUACUUCUGUGAUUCGGAAGACGAUAAGUUCGUUACUUUACAAGAUAUGUUGGAUGAGUGGUUUCUGCUGAAUGGGGCAUUUGUAAUUAGUGACUGGAUACCAUGGCUCAAAUUUCUUGAUUUGCAGGGAUACGUAAAGAGAAUGAAGACUUUGUACAAUAGAUUGGAUAAUUUUCACAACUACGUGAUCGAUGAUCACCAAACUAGGCAAAAAGGGGCUGCGGCAGAGGAAGAAAAAGACUUCACUUUGGUCGACAAGUUAUUGAAGAUGGCCGAUGAUCCUAAUCUUGAAGUUAAACUAACGAGGGACUGCGUCAAGGGAUUAUUACAGGAUUUACUAGCUGGAGGCACAGAUACCUCAGCAGCAACAGUAGAAUGGGCUCUCUGCGAAAUUCUGAGACAACCACGAAUAAUCAAAAAGGCGAAAGAAGAGCUCGACAGGGUAAUCGGAAGAAAGAGAUGGGUCGAAGAGAACGACUUCUCUCAACUGCCUUACGUAGAAGCCAUUAUAAUGGAGUCGAUGAGAUUACAUCCACUUGCUACACUAUUAGCCCCACAUUACGCCAUCGAUGAUUGCAAAGUUGCAGGGUUCGACAUAUCAAAGGGAACAACGGUACUCAUCAACACAUGGAGCAUAGGGAGGGACCCGAAAUCAUGGGAUUCGCCGGAAGAAUUCUUGCCGGAGAGGUUUUUGGGGAAAGAAACUGAUAUGUUGGGGAGUAAUUUUGCGCUGCUGCCGUUUGGUUCGGGGCGGAGGAGAUGCCCCGGGUACAACCUCGGACUGAAGAUGGUACGAACAAUGUUGGCUAAUUUGCUGCAUGGAUUUGAGUUUCAAUUGGCCGAAGAUGUAUGCUUGGAGGAGAUGUACGGGCUUACUACACAUCCUAAAAAACCUCUUGUUGUAGUUAUGGAACCAACACUUCCAUCCCAGCUUUACUGAUUUUGUCUGUGUUCAGGAAUUAAAUAAAUUUUGUGUAAAUUGUAAUCAAGAUGAUCUUGAUACAAAUUGCAUUAUAAAAUAAAGAGCGUGUUUUCGGUUAUUGUUUGAUAUUUUUUGUCAUGUGUAACUAGGGACUAAAAUUGGAACGGAAUUUCCAAAUUUUCGUUGA